AUGCUUGACAGUAGAAUAGUCGUGGAUGAUAAGCUUGAUGAAAAGGCCUUAGAACUAUCAAACAAUGACACCAGAUUGCUUGCAGAAGACGUUGGAAUGUUGUCACUGGAGCUUUCUUUAUCAAAGGAGGCUGAUGAAUUCGCUACUAAAGUAUCAGAACCAAUACUUGAAGAAGGGAUAUAUGAAUCAUAUGCUGAUGAAAGUGAAUUUGCUGAGGAUUCUGCUGCUGCCGAAGUAAAGCAGCUAGAAUAUGUGCAUUCAUUGGAAAGUGAUAAUUCGAAGCUAGUGGAUGAAUAUUCCAUAUCAGAACUUGCAGUUGAAGUAGGAUUUGAUGAAAUUUGA